CGAACCAGAGUUUCGAGGGAGACGUACGAGAGUAAGACGAACAUAGGCAUAACCAUGGCGGCUACUGUAUCUGCCUGGGCUAAGCCCGGGGCUUGGGCCCUGGAUUCCGAGGAACAUGAAGCUGAGCUUCUUCAUCAGAAGGAAGAAGAUGACGCUGCUGCUUUUCCUUCUCUUGCCGCUGCCGCUGCAACCAAACCUAAGAAGAAGAAGGGCCAGACCAUCUCCUUGGCUGAGUUCACCUCUUAUGGGGGCGCUAAACCGGCUCAGACAUCUCAAUCCGAUGUCUUAACACAUGAAGAUCUCAUGAUGCUGCCAACAGGUCCUCGCCAGCGAACCGCCGAGGAGCUUGACCGUGACAGGAAUCGGCUUGGCGGUGGCUUUAGGUCCUAUGGUUCCCUUGACCGGCCUAAUAGGAAUUAUGGCGGUGACGAUUCCUCCAAUUCUAGAUGGGGUUCUUCUAGGGUUUCUGACGAGCCAAGGCGGAAUGGUUCGUUUGGUAGGGAAGCAAAUCGUGAUAUGGCUCCCUCGCGAGCCGAUGAAAUAGAUAAUUGGGCUGCUGCAAAAAAAUCAACAGUGGGAAACGGAUUUGAGGGGAAGGAAAGGGAUAGAGGACGGUUUUUUGAUUCUCCUUCCAGAGCUGACGAAUCGGACAGCUGGGCAUCAAAGAAGAACUUUGUGCCAUCAGAGGGACGGAGAUUUGGUUCUAAUGGCGGUGGAUAUGAAAGGGAGAGGAAAGUAGGAUUCGUUUCCAGUGGUGGUGCAGACUCAGAUAAUUGGAAUAGGAAGAAGGUGGAAUCUAACGGUGGAAAUGAGAGAAGUGAGACUGGAAGUGUUAGACCGAGACUCGUUUUGCAACCUCGAUCAAUGACUGCGAAUAAUGGAAACCAGGAGGGUUCUGGGACAGUGACCAAGCCCAAGGGCUCAAGUCCUUUCGGAGACGCUAGGCCAAGGGAGGAGGUUUUGGCAGAGAAAGGGCAGGAUUGGAAGAAGGUUGAUGAGCAGCUUGAGACAAUGAAGAUUAAGGAGCCGGUAGAGCAAAAGGAUGGGUUUGGGAAGAGGGGUUUUGCGGCUGGCAGUGGCGGUGCUAAUUUGCCCGAUGAUCGGACUGAGAGAAGUUGGAGGAAGACUGAAUCUGACGAUAGUCGUCCAAAUAGUGCUGAGAAAGUUGAGAAUGGGCGUGUUGAAGAAAGCUGAUGAGCUGUGAAUUUUCUUUGCCCCUGCACAUUUUUGUCAGAGCUGGAAAGGGUUGU